AUGGCAAAGACACCUUCAAAGAAAACUGCAAAGACCGUUGCCAAGACGGGCAAGGGCAAGGGCCGUGGCAAGAAACGUGUGGAGUCGUACUCGACUUACAUCUACAAAGUGCUGCGUCAAGUGCACCCCGAGACGGGCAUCAGUAAGCGCGGUAUGUCGAUUAUGAACUCAUUCAUCAACGACAUUUUCGAGCGCAUCGCUUCGGAAGCCGGCAAGUUGUCGCGUUACAACAAGAAGUCGACUCUGUCGAGCCGCGAGAUCCAGACGGCUGUGCGUCUCAUGCUACCGGGUGAGCUGGCAAAGCAUGCCGUGUCAGAAGGCACAAAGGCUGUGACCAAGUUCACGUCGGCUUAA